GCAGAAGUACUUCUGAUGCAUAGUUAAUAAUUUUUUCACAGGGCUGCCUUACCUAGCAGAUGAAGGACUCAGAACGAUGGCCUUGCAGGAGCAGGUUUGGCCAGUCCCGAUGAAGGCAAUUGGAGCACAAAACCUUUUGACAAUGCCUGGAGGAGUGACGAAAUCAGGGUAUCUUCAUAAAAAAGGAGGCACCCAGCUGCAGAUCUUGAAGUGGCCAUUGAGAUUUGUGAUUAUCCAUGAGGGAUGUAUUUACUAUUUUAAGAGCAGCACAUCUGCAUCUCCACAGGGUGCAUUUUCUCUGAAUGGUUACAACAGGGUUAUGCGGGCAGCUGAGGAGACAACAUCAAGCAAUGUGUUUCCUUUCAAGUUAGUUCACAUUAGCAAGAAGCACAGGACGUGGUUUUUUUCAGCUUCUUCUGAAGAUGAAAGAAAGAACUGGAUGCUAUCCCUGAGGAGGGAAAUUGAUCACUACCAUGAGAAGAAGGAAACAAUAACAGAAUUCAGUGACUCUGGUUCUGAUGUGGACAGUUUCUAUGGCUCAGUAGAACGUCCUAUUGAUAUCAAGUAUUCUCAUCAUUCAGCAGAUAAUGAAGAUUAUGACCAGGAGGAAGAGGAUGAGUCUUACUUGCAGCCAGAUACUUCUGACAUAGUAAAAGAUGAUAUGGUCCUGCCCCCAGCCUACCCACCUCCACCGGUUCCUCAUGUCCGAAAAGCUGCGUACUCAGAAUCAAGGGCAAAUUCCUUUGCUGGCAAAUCCACUAUGCCAGUACCACCACCACCUCCUAAAAGAAGCUUACCUGAUAUCAAACUAGAGGAUCUCUUAAACGUGAGAGAACCCCAGUUACAGUGCCGAGCUGAACCUAAUCUAAAGACUCAAUCCUCAAGCCGGAGACUAAGUGAACAGCUGCCCCCUGUACCCCCUCUACCUCCUUUCAAAAAGCCUUUGUCUGUCAAAGAAUCUUGCUCAUUGCCUUCAGAGCCUCUGCCUCUAGCUCAAGUUCUUGCUACUCCAGAAGGAUGCGAGAAGCUAAAAGCCUUAAACCUUUCACCACGAACUCCUCCUCCGCUACCAAGCAGUAAACCCAAGCUGUCACAGUUUACUGAAAAAACAGUAGAACCCAAAGUGCCAAGAGAACAAGGCAAACCUGGACUGUUUGUGCCACCAGUGCUCCCAAAGCCACCUGUGACAAGCCACCAGCCCCCUGUAAUCAAGCCUAGACCAGAGAAGUCUUCAUGCCCCCAGUUACAGAGAUCACCACCAGAUGGACAGAGUUUUAGAAGCUUCUCAUUUGAAAAACCAGCACUACCUUCCAAGCCAAACCGACCUGAUGAUGAUUCUGAUGAUGACUAUGAAAAAGUUGGGCUGCCUGCUUCAAUAUUUCUUAAUACCUCUGAAUCCUUCGAAGUUGAAAGGACGUUUAAAGCUAGUAGCCCACGGGGACAACCACAAAAUGGAUUGUACUGUAUUAGGAACUCAUCUACUAAGCCUGGAAAGGUAUUGGUUGUAUGGGAUGAAUCUGCAGAAAAAGUGAGAAACUACAGAAUCUUUGAAAAGGAUUGCAAGUUUUACCUGGAUUCAGACAUCAUGUUUUUGAACAUGGGAAGUUUGGUUGAAUACUAUAGCACUCAUGUCUUACCUAGUCACGACAGCCUGAUUCUUCAGUGUCCUUAUGGUUACUCUAAACCAAGGUGAUGUGACUGGCAUAACUCACUGACGCUUAGGACAAAUGGGUUCCUCACUGCCCUUGAAUUAAACGUGGACUCAUGCCACUGUUGGACAUCCCAUUGUUUGCACACAGAAACUGAGUCUGUUUCAGCCAUUUAUUGUCACAUGAAUUGUAUAGACUCCAUUAAAUGAACUCUUGGUAAAAUCUUACUAUCCAGAUCAGUGGAUUUUAUGGUCUUUUCUUUUAAAAAGAUCUGAACUGAUUAUGCUGUGAAAGCUGUCCAUGAUGCCUACACCUUUUAUAAAACUGCUGCUAUUACUAAUCUCCUUGGACUGUGGAAGAUGGACACAAACAAAGACGUGGCCUGAAUACAACCAAUACAGAAAAGGGAAACUUAUGAAAGUACGUCAGAAUUCACUUGUGACAGGGAAUACUAAUACCCUGACUUGAAGGUAUUAUUCCUCAAGUCAGCACUGGUGCUCAACUGAGAUGUUUUUUAUUACUUGUAUAGUUGAUGUGUAAAUAUUGAAGACUUCUGUGCAAAUAUUUUGGUUUACUAUAGGUAAAGAUGAUCAGGAAAUGUGGCUUUUAUUUUUAAGCCACCUCAUAAAUGUAACUUCUGAUGACAAUGUCUGCAGUAAUCAAUACCAGGGUACUAUCCAGCUGAUACAGUUGUGGCAUCCCACUCAUUAAUGACAUGCACUUCAGGUAGGUGUGGAAUAAUACUGACUUGGCUUUUGUGGGAGCCCCAUUACUUAGUUCUAAACUGGAAG